CCUAUAUUUGGUCGAUUUUGAAGAAUUUAGAUUUUCGCAAUGCCAAAUCCGAAUUGCAAUUCUUGGAAAUUAAAGGAAUUCUUGGAAAAUUUUAAAUAACGUAGUCUCAAUUAUAUUCUCCUUAUAUUUUGUCGAUUUUCGAGAUCCAUAAUUUUCUCGGUUCCGAAAUCUCGGGGAGUCAACUUACCCGUUUUCCGUAAGAACGAUAAAUUGAUUGGCUACCGUAUUUUUUUCAUCCCGCGGCAAAUUUCCUCAUUUUGCGUAUGGGAACCGGGGAGCCGUAAAGAUCGUGUCGGCCACCAUUUCGGGCGAUUCACGAGAUGGCGCGGCGUUAGCGUGGAAUUGCAGUCGUUUUCCUGGUCGUUCUGUAGGCGUCAUCAUGGUGCGUAGGUCAGAGCGUUUCUGAGGGUGAAGCCGAGGAGUUUGUUUUGAAUUGACAACGACGCGGAUACAUCGGCUCCUCGGUGGUGUUAUGGUAACUCGCUCGGUCGCUGGGCUCGCCGAAUUCGUCCUACGACGCCACGGCGAUGAUGCGGCGCGGCAGCGACCGCUGCCCAGUCGAGUGCUCCUGCCUCGGCAACCUGGUCGCCUGCAACGAGCUGCAGCUGAUCCAGGCGCCCAGCGGACUGCCACCGUGGACUGAGAUCCUAGAAUUAAAGAGUAACAAUAUUCCUAAUUUGGAAUUUGAUUCAUUGCUUCAUUUAACAGAACUCAAAAAAUUAGAUGUAAGUGCUAACUUCCUCGGAGAUAAUUUUACUAUUGCCUUGUCAGACGUAACACAAUUACGGGAACUCAGAGUAAAUAAAAAUCGCUUAACACAAGUGCCAGACCUUGUAUUUGUUAAGAAUAUUACUCAUCUUACACUAGCCCACAACUUAAUUACUAGUAUAAAUGGGACGGCGUUGUUUAAUUUACAACAACUUCAAUAUCUGGAUCUCAGUGGGAAUAAAAUAAGUGUCCUUCAAAGGGGUUCUUUUCUCGCUCCUAAUCGACUUACGCAUUUGAAUUUAAAUGCAAAUCACAUAAGAGUCAUCGAAAAUGGAAGUUUGGAUAAUCUUACUUCACUGGAGGAACUUCGCUUGAACAAAAACAAUUUGACACAGCUGAAAGAUAUUUUCAUAAAUCUGGGAAAAUUGCGAAUAUUGGAAGUGAAUAGAAAUAAUCUACAACAAAUACAUGGAUUAAGCCUGAAAAGUUUGUUGAGCCUAAAGGAAUUGUAUCUAAAAAGAAACAAAAUUAAUAAGUUAGACGAUGGAGCUUUUUGGCCGCUUAAAGAUUUAGAACUACUACACCUCGACUUUAAUAUGUUGACUACUAUAAAGAAGGGAGGCUUGUUCGGAUUAGAGAAUUUGAAAAAAUUGACUUUAUCACACAAUCAGAUCUCAAUGAUUGAACCUCAAGCAUGGGAAAUGAGCCAAAAAAUAGUAGAGCUAGACUUGUCACAUAAUGAAUUGACUUCUAUAGAACGAGGUUCGUUCGAAUCUCUCACGAAGCUUGACAGACUUAAACUGGAUCAUAAUCAAAUCGCAUAUGUGUCGGAUGGAGCAUUCAAUUAUACAACAAACCUUCGUAUCCUGGAACUUAAUUCGAAUAAGAUAUCUUACAUGGUAGAAGAUAUCAAUGGCGCAUUCUCUCCGCUCGGUCAGUUGGUGAAACUGCGCUUAUCGCACAAUAGAAUAAAAUCCAUAAAUCAAAAUGCUUUUACUGGUCUGAAUCACGUUGACGAGCUUGACUUAAUCGGAAACAAUAUUACGUCGAUUCAAGAAAAUGCGUUCCUUUCAAUGUCUAGUCUGAGCAAACUUAAGAUGAAUACUGGAGCUUUGGUUUGCGACUGUGGACUUCAAUGGCUAAGUAUGUGGUUGCGAGAACAUCCAUACAGUGAAGCUCAGCUGCACUGUGAUUAUCCGCAUUGGUUACAGGGCAUGUCGUUAACUCAAUUACAUUAUGCAAAUUUUACUUGUGAUGAAUAUCCAAAACCGCGGAUUAUUGAAGAACCUGCGAGUCAAAUGAGCAUCAAAGGAGACGAUGUGAAAUUGAUUUGUCGUGCAACUAGUACUGCUGAUACACCGCUUCAUUUUACUUGGAAACAUGACAAUGUGGAGUUAAGUGACGUGAAUUUACAGACCCAGUUCAGUUCCUCCGAGAGCGGAGUAACCGAGGCAACGUCCAUUUUAUAUCUUACUAACAUUUCCCAUGCUAAAGCGGGAAAAUAUCAGUGCAUGGUGUCGAACACGUAUGGAACUACGUACUCUGCCAAAGCCAAACUAAGCGUAUUGGUUUUUCCGUCGUUCUCCAAAAUUCCGCGUGAUAUACGAGUAAUUGCUGGAAGCACCGCCCGUUUGGAGUGCUCUGCCGAGGGACAACCAUCCCCACAAAUAGCUUGGCAGAAAGACGGUGGGAAUGAUUUCCCAGCUGCGAGGGAAAGACGAAUGCAUAUGAUGCCGACAGACGACGUACUAUUCAUUAUAAACGUGAAAAUGGCCGAUAGUGGAGUUUAUUCGUGCACCGCGCAAAAUCUGGCUGGUGUUAUCGUUGCAAACGCUACUCUUACAAUAUUAAGUAAUGAUCCUAUUAUAAAAAAAACACCGUCCUUUGUAAAACCGAUGGAGAAUAAAGAAGUAAUGAUAGGUAGCUCGAUCGUACUCGAAUGCAUGGCCAGCGGCUCGCCACGUCCGAAGUUAUUGUGGCGCAAGAACGGUAGUCCGCUGCAAACAACGGAACGUCAUUUCUUCACUGCGGAAAAUCAACUUUUGAUCAUCGUUAGUACAAUCGCCAGUGACGAGGGUACCUACGAGUGCGAGAUGAGUAAUUCACUGGGUAGCGUCGUCGGCGAAUCACAUCUCACAGUCAAGCCAGUCCCGGUUUCCACGCUGAACGAAUCCGAGAUACUGGGCAUAAUAAUAAUAACCGUGGUUAUUUGCGCCGUCAUUACUUCUGUGGUUUGGGUGCUUGUGAUUUACAAAACCAGACGGCAAUUGAAUUCCACGCAGGACGUCGUUACGCAACCAACGACGACUGUUAUACUAACAAGCGUACCGGAGGUACAAACGCAGCUGUAUCUGGACACGAGCUCGCAGCAUAGUAAAGACAGUGGGACCGGAGACAGCACUAAUCCCAGCAACGAUCAGCUACAAUUAUGUUUGCCCGAAGAGGUCGUGAUAAACUCUGCCAAUAACGAUGAAGAAAUGGGAACUAUAAACGAUCCUCUCUUGCGUUACACGAAUCACGAGCGACAUGCGAGUGAAAACGUCGAUAGCGCAGUCUGAAACGAAAACGCGAGUUGAGCAAGCGGAGUUAACGGAUGUAGCGUUUCUGCAGUGAGUAUUCGUGAACGCGGCUAAUCUUUAAACCAGAAUAUAAAUAUUCUGCAAAAGUCGUGUACAUUAACGAGCCAUAGUAUUAUGAGGAGCAAGGACUUAUCAGUCCCACUGUCAAAAAAGUGACCUAUAGUGGACGUUGAUCCGCCCGACAGUCCAAUGCACAACGGAGUAUUCAUUAUUAUUGCAUAAGGAUCAGCGAGUCACGGCAUAAGUACAACAUAAGAAACGAUAGCGAAACACUUACAUCGUCAUCGUAUUUAUUAUUGACGCAACUCUCGUUCAAUCGAUGUAGAAACAUCGAGCGAUAUAAAA